GUUUUUUUUUCAAUAAAAUGAAUAGUUUAAUGGCUAACAUUUUUAUUUUUAUACUACAUUCACACAUAUUGGUCAAUGUCAUUACAGAAGAUGUUAUUGAACUUGGUCAAUCAUCAUGUAGAUACUCAGGUAAUCAUGAUGCCAACAAUGCAGCCUGUUACGUUGAUGCAUUUGACAUAAGCAAAUUACCAACGAAUGAAUGCACGUCUUAUAUCUAUGACGGAAUAACAUGUACAGACGAUUCAAAAAUCGUACCUGCUUAUUCUCCAGAUGAUUUAACAAACAUCAAAUUACUAAUUACUUUAAGCUCUAAAGUAUUUUUAUUUUAUAAAAUAAAUUUGAAUAUUUGGAGAUCUGCCAGUGUUAAUGAUAGCAUUGGAAUCGAAGCACAAAGCUUGAAAAAAUUUUUUGAUGAAUAUCCUGUAGCGGGGUUGAUUUUUACUGGACCAGACAUUCCUGAUGAUUCUAACAACUUCAACAUAGUAUUUCAAUCAUAUUUCGCAUGUAUAAAGAAUACAAAUCCAAAAAUUAAAAUUGGUUUUUAUUUACAAGCUUCAACAAUGACAUAUAUUAAAAACGAAUCAGAUUGGUUCGAUUUUUCAAAGCUAAAUGACAUUAUGGAUUUCUAUUUGAUUACAUUUUAUCGUUUUAAUGAUUGUUUUGAUGAAUUAUUAAAUGGUGGAACUACUCCUUUGAAUUCAGAUCAUUCAGAUAUUAAUACCUUAGAAAUAUUUGGUGCUUCUUUAAACGUCUCAAAAAUCGCAAAGGAAAAAGUGUAUUUAGAAUUUAUGAUAACUCCUACAAUAAAUUAUGGUGAUCGUUUGAAGUAUAUGCAUUGUGAAGUAUCAUUUGACCAGUAUUGCAAAACCGAUAUCAAAAGUAAAUGGUGUGCCGACAAUGAAACAACAUUCUAUGAAAAAGGUGUAUUUGCAAGACAAUAUGCAGCAGGAUAGGUAGGGAGGGAUAUAGAUUUAGUCGAUCGUGGUGGAAGUUGUGGAUGUAACGGUGAUCAGUUCAUAUCGUUUCAUAUGAUAUUAGAUGCCUACAAUAAUAAAACAAUGAGGACUUGCGAUUUUAAAAAGGGCUGAAUAUUUAAAUUAAUUAUGAUUGUCAUCUAAUAUUGUAAUUAUAUUUACGAUAAAAUAA